AUGACGGCAGCCCAUGAAGCGCAAUUUCUUGUUGGGGUUGGAGUUGUGCGGCAUGAGAAGCGGGCGGCAGGGAUGCGGUCAGAUCCCUCGGGUUGGUAUGUGGCAUGGAGGACGGUGCUGGUGCACGUCCCGCUCGUGCAGGAGGUCGCCGGCCUGCGCCCGAAGAAGAAGCCCGCCAAGCCCAAGCCCCCCAACCGCGGUCGCAUCGGCAGGUUCUAUCAGUCGCAAGCACAAGCACAGAGGUGAACGAAGCCUCUUCUCAUUUGGAAAUUGGUUUGAUGCCAACAAUUGGCAACAUCAGAAGUUGCCAAAAAUUGACAACUUCUUGUGAGGUUGGCAAGUAAACAUGGUAACCAACCAAGCACUAGCCAAUAUUUGGCAAUUUCCAAAUGUUGGCAUGGCAUCAAACCAAUCAUGCUCUAUAUUUCUUGGAUGUCGCCCAAGGGGCCUAACCAAGAUUUUUAUUCCGCUUGUGUUCUAGUUCAAGAGUAUCUGAUCUGCUGGGAUUUGGAUGCACUUGGUCUA